UAGCAAGGAAGACAGAAGCUCUGGGGAGCUGUCAAUUACUAUUUUUGAAGAAUAGCUUAGAUAGAAGGAAAAAGGUUUGCUCUGCUAAAUCCACAAAUCCCCUCAAAUGAUACCAAGGUGAGAAAAACAAUUCCAAUGAAUGAAAGCAUGGAAGAAAACUAACUGAACUCGAAUGAAUUUAUUUGGCUAAAUAUGGUUGCAUUCACAAUUACGCUAAUCAUUAUUAACCACCAUCACAUGUAGGUGGAGUGUAAUUAGUCUCCAAACUAUGCAGCAUUUUGUGUACUCUCACAAUCCACGUCGAAUUUUUUACCCCAUUAAUUAUAUAAACCCUUUACCCAACACAUAAAUUCCACUUUGAAACUCAUAUAUCCCCUGAAUGGUUUGACAGCUCAUUCACAAAUUAUCCAAAUUAACUACAAUUACACACAUGCAUGUCUCCAUCCCCCUUUUAGUUCCCUCGCUGCUUGCAUAUAUAGCACCAACAACACUACAUCUACAUGGACCAUACUUUGAGCUUUUUAGCGAGCAUUCCACUGACUACACUUUCACCCACCUAAGUUGCUUACCCUUACAGUUCUCAUAGCGGCAGCAGAAUCAUUAGGUAUCACUGCAAGCACGCGGCACAAUUCAAUAGACAACACAUGAAUCUGAGUAACAUAAGAUUAAGAGUUUGCCAGUUUGGUGAACCAUGUUUAUCAGCAUAAACAUACAUUCAACCAUUAUAAGUAUUAUGUAUCAUCACAAACGAACAAAAAAGGCAUUGUAUUAUGUUCCAUAACAACUCAAUAGAGGAAUGUAUUUAGUCAAAAUUUCCCAUUAACAAAUGCAAACUGACAAAGAGGAACCUAGAUUAAGGAGUCUAACCGUCGAGGGAUUUCAAUUAUAAAACUAUAGGUUAGAUAGAAUCAUCAACCUCAAGGGAAAAGUCAUUGUUGUAUUAAGCCCCAAAUCUUCUGAAACAUACCAAAAUGAGAGAAACAAAUCACAAACUAUGAAGCCCUGAAAAUCUAUCUGACAUCCAAUUACUUUAUGGGGUUAAAUUUGGUUUGUUUCAUGGAAUUGAUUGAUUCCUGUUGGAUCUCACAACAGCCAUCCCUUUUACUGGUUCUUCCUUCGGCUCUCCACUCUUUCACCUGUAAAGUAAAAUUAGUGUUCACCUAGAAUCAUGGAGUUUUAAUGUUUUUCAUAAACACCCCAUUUGAAUUUUUUUUGGCAUGCUGCGUUGUCGCAAAAAAAAACUGAAAUAACCAUAUAAAGCUUGAAGUAGCAGCACAAAACCAAAAUGAAAAAUAUAGUGACCAAGUGAUUAUUAACACCAAACAAAAAACGAACAAAAGCAAGACAUUACCAGAAACUCAUUUUAAUCUAUCAUACCGCAACACCAUAGCAAACUGGCACCUAAGACAUUAGCAAAUAAAUUAUGUAAUCCACCGGAUUAGAAUGAAAACGCAAACUAUAAACCCAAACGCAAUUGAUGAGACUCAAAUUACAGCAAACAACCAAAAAGAAUGGAACAAUUGUAGCAGGAUAAAAAGGCAGAGUGGAAUGACCUCAUGAAAUAGAGGUCAAGGUCUCCGCAUCAAAUUGGUGAAGGCAGCUCUCAGCGAACAGAAGCCACCGGUAGCUGCUCUUUCGCCAGUUUCAAGAGAUUGAGUGUUCAAGAAUAACGAAAAUACAUAAGCAAACUCAGUCUAUAGUUUCUACUCUAUACUCAUUAUUCACACAUAGUUCGAAAACAAUAUAUAGUGGAAGAUGUACUUAUUUAGCCUAAUUUGUCUUCCAAACUGCUUUAUUGUCUUUUUUACUGCAGAAGGUUCUUCAGCGGUUCACCUGCACCAUGAAAAUGAUACGGGUGCACUUAUCGACAGCCUGCAACCCCAUAGAAAACCAGCAUUAUCCCUUGAACCUUUUGUCCUAUCGAUCCCUCUCCUUCCAACCUCCAAGGAACAACUUUGAGUCUUUGAGCUGCGUCAUGAAAACGAUACUGUUGCUUGUACGUACGCGUUGACCUGUGAACUCACAAUGGUAAUCAUAGACCAACUAACCAAGAGAGAAGCUUAGAGAGUGAGUCCAUUAUUUGGACAAACCUCAUUUUAAAAUGUGUAUCUUUAAUCCAACAACUCUAAUCAAUUAGUUCUCUUUUCUUUACCUGUGAUUCUCGUCCAUGACCAAAGAGCUCAAAGAAGGCAGCUCAAGCCUCAAAGGAUACAAAACUACUAAUGCUGCUCCAAAGAGAAUAAUAAAAUGUAAUGCGUGUUCAUUUCUCUUACCACUCUUUGAAGAAUAGGCUAUAAGGAUGAGCAAAAGAAGAAUAGGCUCUAAAAUGGGUUAUUUGUUCUCCAACUUUAAUUGUCAGAUAGAACUCAAAUCUGAUAUAGAUCUUGAAAUUGUCAUUGAAAAGACAAACAAAAAGAAUCACCAUUUUCAUCAGCUAUGAUCUUCGAUUUCCUCCUUUCAUCAAGAUGCAACACAGCAAGACUCUGUUAGCAUAUUUAAAAAAAAACAUGAUGAAUAAAUACGGCAUAAACGAUUUUAGUUAGGUACUCAUCUUCCCAAUGAUCAGGAAACCAUAAGCCAAAUUCCCAUCUUGAGGCUGCUUUGAAACAGUCAUAGUUCUGAGUUCUGACAGCUAUCUCACCGUGGGAGGCCUCAUCUACAACAAAACUUACCAGAAAUUAGUUGCCAACAAUCACGAUAAGCCCUAGUGAUUUUCAUGGAAUCUAACACUCCUUCAUCACAACACGAAUCUCCAUUGCUGGUCCAAUGGGUUCAUCACCCACCACUACUAACAGCUUCCUAAAAAGAGGCUAAAUAAUGUCAUAUGUGGAGGAAAAUAGAGAGAACCCAAAGAAACUUAGCUAACAGCAGAGUAAACUGGCAAGAAUAAAAGAAUGGAAAUCUACAAACUCAAUCACAAAAUAAUUGGAGGGACCACUGCUUAUAGGGCUUAUGGUUCCUUUUCUAUUUGUUUGAUUUGGGUUUGUCGCCUCCACCAUGAAUCUCCAACAAAAAUCUGUGUUGUUUGAACCUGAAGCACCCAUUCUCCCCCUAAAUGAUAUAUGGGACAAAGAAGAGGAAGACCGUGAGAUACUCUCAGUGAAGUAAACAAAACAAAAAAAUCGAGAUGACAUACUUAAGGAAUUCCUCGGGCCUGAUUCGGAUCCACAACUUCAUAUUCUCUAUUUCCUUGGAAAGAUCCAUCUUCUUCAUCCACAAUCAGCAAGCCUUACAGCCACAAAGAGAGUCCUUCCCCAGGAGAAUACUUGGUAUGCAUCACCUGAUCGCUACUGUCAGAUCCCCGUGGAAUCCAAUGAAUCGGAAUGAAAACUUAAAUCAAAACCUAAGUAAACAGAGAGAUAAACACAUGUGUUUCUAACUUUCUAUAGUUCAAAACUUUUCUCACCAUCGAAGAGAGGAAUUUGACAAUCCGCCAAUCACCAUGGGACGAACACCUUUAUGGUGUCUCUUCUCUCCUCUUCUUCCUUAUUACUUCCAAUGCAACAUUGCCCACUUCUUCUUCCCCUAAACCGCAGCGCCACCAUUCUCAAUCUUCCGCUUACCCCGAUUCCACCGCCGCUGGACAAAAGUAACUUCAACUCCGUCCUUGUCUCCCUCCUCGACUCCCACUACACCGAGCUCGGUGACCUUGUCGAGAAAGCACUCCCCACUCUCUAGAGUAAUCCGUCAGCAACCACACAUAACCACCCCACACAAUGGAGCCCUCGAGCGUCGCCUCGACUCCGAGUUCAAGCGCUUCCUCCUAAAGCCUCGCAACCUCCACUCCCUCCGCAGAACACCCUUCGUUGGCAGUGACGGAAGAUGAUUUCAGCCUAAAAAAAAGUAGUGGGAACCGACGGUUUCUUAUCUCUCCUGUCACGCGGGGAUUUCUAAUUUAAUUCCGUGUAACCACCCUGCCACGUCAGACUCCUAAAAUCACUCUAUGCGCAGGAAAAUUUGAAUGAGGGUUGCGGUUUUACUUUUCAGCUAUAAAUUAUACUGUUGAUUCUCCAAUAACCUGAUGCAAUCUGAAAUAGAGGUCGUUGUAAAUGAUGCACCCGUUCCAGUAAAUUUUGCAGCUGCCAUUCAUAUAAAUUAAUUAAUUGUUACAACAGAAGUUGAACUCCUCACCAAUUAUAAGUUUGUGCGAGUUAAUGACACAUACAACACACCACACAAACAUAACAGUCGAAGAAAAAUAUAACUAUAUAAGGCAUAAUUUAAAUUGAUGAACAAAACACAUAUAACAGAAUGGCUUCCAAGCUUGGGGAUGCAAAGGAAGAGCGAGAAGGACAACAAUGUAAUGGCCAACACAAAUAUAUGUUUAUUUCACCGAUUUUGAGCGGAGUGAUCAAACUUGCAAUUACUAAAACUCUUUAAAGCCUUCCCCUGUUCCCAUUAGAGCGAUCAGCCGAACUUGCAGACCUUAUUUUUUGGCCACUCGUCUCUAUCAAGACUCAAAAAAGUGUUCGCGUUUCCCCUUUUCCAAGCCGAUUCUCUUGGCACCACAAUGUCCGAUCACCUUCCCCAAGAUCUCGUCACCAAAAUUAUCGUCCGCCUGCCGCGGCCGAACGUCUCUUUCUUUCCUCUUCUUUCUCUGCGGCUCGGAAAAACUCAGCUCAAAAUCGGCAGUCGGCUGCUCUCUGGAAGACAGUCUAAGCGAAGUGGAAUUUAAAGUAAGCAGCUUUGUUACUUUCAAGAGAAAGGGAAAAAUCAAAAAUCCCCUUUUGAUCUCUAGAGAAUCCAAUCAACAGAAUGAAGCAAGGAAGGUAAGAGAGAAUAAAGAAAACGGAAUGAAGGGAAAGAGUGGAAGGAAGGGAAAUCAGAAAUAAAAAAUACAAAUUAAUACAAAUUAAAUGAGAACGUGGGUGUGGAAGGAGAAAAAAGUGGGUAGUGGAGAGUUUUUUGGUUUUGAAAUCAGGCCAAAAAAAAAAAUGAGAACGUGGGCGUGGAAGGAGAAAAAAGUGGGUAGUGGAGAGUUUUUUGGUUCUGAAAUCAGGCGGGACUCCUUUUUUAUCCCGCUUAACACUCUGCCACAUCAGCUUCCUAAAAUCACUCUAUGGGCAGGAAAUUUUUAAUGGGGGUGCAGUUUUACUUUUCAGCUAUAAAUUAUACUGUUGUUAAUAAAAAAUAAAGAGGGUGGUCGAGUACGAGAAAAUGGCGUUGCCGUGUACAGGAGGGAAGAAAUAAUUAUGAAAAUAAAAUUUUAAAAUAAAGUAAAAUUAAUCAGAGUUAAAUGACAAUUAAGGGUCUCCUAAAUUCACUCUCUCAUCAAGAAAUUCAAAAAGCUGAAUAACCGCCUAUAACUCCACUAUAAUCUACAAGUUAAAUUACCUGCAAAACAUGGGUUGUAAUUCUCCCAUUUCAAGUUUCGUGGUCUGAGAGUGAUUCUAGGAAGGUCAUUUUUGUCAUUGUACUCACUUUAUCCUUAUAUUAAAAAUGUUAUUAUUGGAGUUCAAACCUUGGUCAAUUAAACGAAGAAAGAGCAUUAUAACAACUAGGCUACAUUUUAUUUAUUGUUAUUUCUUUAAUUAAACUCUAAGAAUAUGUUUGGUGAUGAUGCUUCUAUAUUUAUAUUUUAUCUUUAAGUUAUUUAUAUUUUAUAGAAUAAGAUUAGUUCUGAAAU